UUGCAGAAGUGAAGGAAGUAUUUUUUAUGCUUCCAGCAAACCAUGUAUUGGCUUUUCUACGUAAUUCUUCUUGAUAUCAAGAGGAAAUAGAUAUGGAACUACAACAGCAGCUCGUUGAUGGGGAUCUUCCUCUCCCUACCACAACUGUAAAAACACCGCUCCCCGAACUUGGCAUAUUCCGUGUUGAGACUUCAUUCAAGGGGGUUACUCCAUCGAAGAUCAGACUAAUUCGGAUGUCACCAGAUGUACUCUCUGCACUGGGCUCUUCAGGAAAACCAAAGAAAAAUUCUGAUGAGAAAAUGAAAUCCAACCUGAAAUCCAUUCGUUCAUCGAUGAUAAAUGUAACUUGUGAAAAGUAUUCAAAUGUGGAAGAUGAUCGGCAGACUAUUUCACCGGAAAGGUUAGCAGUCGCAGAACGAAUUUUAGAAUGGGAGCAACUUCUGAUGUCUACCACCAAUGAUUUGCACUAUGAUCAAGCAAAGGAUAUAGGGAAAAGUUGGAAAAACGAGAAUCGUUGGGACAAAAAUAAAGGCAGUGUGAAAAUCUGUGCAAAUCUACCGUUCUUCGAUCGAGAUUAUUCAUUAACCAAAGAAAGAGAGGUGUGCCAAAAGGAUGGACAAGGAAGUGAAAGGUUUAGAGAAAGGUCUAUUGCCAGAGGGAUAAUAAGUGAUGAGGAGGAGGAAAAGAUGCAAGAAAUCAGAAAAAUAAAAGAAACGGUUUGUGCUCAAAGAAGUAAACUCAGAGUGGAAACAGAAGCUGAAAGAGGGAAACUAGCACACUAUCCACAUUUCCUAGCGCAAACGUAUGCGGCUAGCAGAACUGAUAAAACAUCGGGUCACUGCCAUUCCACCACUACUAUCCCCACUACCAUCACCACCACUACCAUCACCGCCACUACCACUGCUAUCACCACCAUCCCUACCACUACUAUUAUCACCUCUGGUAUUUCUUUCAUUACUGCCAUUACUUCUGUAACUCUGCCUCACUCGAGUAAUUAUAAGACAGAUAUUUUAAUGGGUGAAGAGUAUUCAAGAACAGAUAAUGAUAAGUUGAAGGAGACGAUAGGAAAUGAUGCUACAUCUAGUACGACGGAUGUUACCGUGGAAGGUAUUUCUUCUUCAGGUUCAUCUGAUUUCAGUCCUGGUAGGUUGCAAAAUACAAAUCUUGAGAUAAAGCUUGUAAAAGACGAAAAUGGACAAAAGGAUCAUUUGAAGGAGAAAGAGAAUGAGAUGAACAAGAGGGAUGAAAAGGAGGAGGAGGAGGAGGAAGAGGAGGAGGAGGAGGAAAAGGAAGAAGACGAAGGUAUUACUCGGCGACUGCCAAUUCGGUUGACUCGUCAACCAUCCGAAGAGGGGUUUCAUCAGGUUGUCAAAUUUAUAAAACGUGCAACACGAAAAGGAGAAAGAGAACUUUCAGAACCAAAAUCAUUUACUCUUACUGAAUUUAGUGGACAAGGAAAAUCCUCAUCAGAAAAGGAAGACAUUUGUGCUGUACCGGUUAGCAGAGACUCGACAAAUCAAGAAUUAGACAACUGCACCGUUUGUAUGGGACAAAAUUUAGAUGCAGGUAUUCAGCUUCAAUUCGAAUGUUGCGGUUCAGUUGAUGAAACCUGUUCCAGAUCUGCUAACUCUAGCUGUCGUGGUCAUUCUUUAAAUUGUGACAUCAUAGGAUCGAAGUCUUCGGGUUGUAAAUCAAUUUGCGCCAAAUCCAGAGAGAUUCAUGAAAAUAUGGUAGAAGUUGAUAAUUUAUCGCAGCAGAUACAGAAACAACGAGAUCAGCAAAAAUGUGAUCAAGCAGAAAUUUAUCUGGAGAUUCGUGGUCCACAGACGGAUGAGGAAUCAGAAACCUCGACAACUAUGCAAAAAACAAUAGCUUACAAACCAACUCAGACCCAAAUGAUACUGAAGAAGAAACGAUGCAAUGAGUGCUUCGCUGAUGCUAUUUUUAAUGCUGCUGACAGUGCGCACUUGAAAGAAGGAUGUACGUCUAGAGUGUACGAGAGAUGGAUCUCAGGUUAUGGGAGGGACUUAUCCAAGCGUUUGCGAGUCGUACUUGAAAGUUGUCACACUAUUAACAGAGGUUACAAGCUGAUGUCGCGUCUAUGCAAAACAAAUAAUCAUAAACUACGCCAUACAUUGUGUCUACCGAUUCAACAUCAUUUGGAUAAGGAUUUGGAAAGUAACGAAGAAUAUGGAUGCAUAAUCCGACAGCAGCAGGGAUCGCUCGGCGAGAAUCGAACUUUCAUCAUCAGUGACCCACAACACUAUUCGGUCUCCGCAACGCUUUCAUUAGGCAGACCCAAAAAAUUAUUCAUCACCAAGGGGAAGAUAACGGAGAGAAGUACGGCAGCAGCAACAUUCGAAACGUCAACUACGAUUAUAUCAAAUCAGCAGAAUUUGAAUGAUUCUAAAGGAAUAUCAACAUCCAAUUAUGCCAGACUAGACCAAAAAUCACCGACAGCAAGCUUGGGAACAAAAGGAAUCUCUCCAUCUGAAACUCAUCAUUUUCGAGAUUCUGUCAACAUUAACAAUGACACUAUUUCUUCAGUGCUGCAACAGAAACGCUCGAAAACUGUCCCGUUUUGUCCAACAACAAUUGAGAAUGUUGAAACUGGUUCCGUAACAAAAUAUUCAGAUACUGCUACAUCUGAGAUUACCUUUGGUGUUCCUCAUCCAGAUUCGCCACAUUCAACGCUAAAUUCACGCGGAUCUGCUGGCUAUCGUGGUGAUUGUUCCUCAGCUAACAGUUUGCAUUCAAUGGAUUACAAAGAUGGAAUGAAUAGAAGGCAAAACAACAUUAACGAAUUCCGAGAAUCUCUUAGUAGCAGGCUUAGCCGUGGAUUUCUUGAAUUCACUCAGGGCAGCAGCGAUAGAUUGCAGAAAUGGAAAAAUAAAUUACAAAACGGUCGGCGGCACAAAGAUUCUAGCGAACCACCACCUGUGAACAGGAAAAUGCUGACGACGAAUCAAGAGCAGAGUGGACAUUUGUCGGAUGCCGAAGUAGUACUUGACUGGGCAACACUCAAAUGUGAUUCCACGGAUCAGAUACAUAAUGCCAGAUUUUCACGAGUAGGAUCAGCUUUUGCACUGAAAACAAGCCGACCAAACUUGGUACUGCCAAUGCAGUCAGCUAGUGAUUUCUUCCUGACAGGCGAGAAUACCGCCAGCAAUAAAACGUUAAGUGGAUCGGGAACGGUAAUGGACCAUCGAACACUGAAACAACGUGACGACAAUGGUCCUCGAACAGUCAAAAAUCUUGCUGCACACUUUCAAAAUUUAAAAAUAUUCGAACAAUUGCCCAAACUGUUGAAAACUACGACAAUCUGAGCAACAAUUUGCCACCACCAGUUCGAAUUACACCGU